UCAGAAUAAGAUUGCCGACAUUUCAUUCUAUUGCUUUUAAGACGUAAAUGCUUGCACUUUUCUUCUGAUGAACUAUAUGUAUGUUGAUAUCUUCCAUUCAAAGAAUCCCCUUUUGAAUGGUAGUUCAGAUGUAUUUCUAGCUGUAAGAGGCGGGAGAACUGACACAGAUGUUUCGAAGAAUAUGCACAAUAAAAGGUUCUGAAUUGUAGACAAUAAGAUAUAGAAAUAAUCGCCCAACCAUAUCACCAACUGUACUGAUGCUGACACAAGGCUUACAUACCAACAAAACAAAUCCUUACAAGUAAUACGUGGAUGCAAGAGAAAAAUUAUUAGCAAUAAAAACACUUUUUUGGCCGGUUUGAUUCGUACCGUUCCUCUGUAGCCUGAAAGUAUUUGUGGAAUUAUGCAUGUAUUCAUUUUCUAUUUUAGGUUUUGCCGUUUUGAGCCAGAUAGUGUAGCGCCAGACAAGAGAGAGAUGUCCAGGGAUUUGAAAGUUAUUCCCAGUAACAAAUGAAAUUUAUGAUAAGGUGCAUGCAAUUCAUUUUUUAGGGUAGAAGAAAGGGAAUUCUAUUACUGUAGACAGUUAUGUGCAUAAUCAUAACUUGUCUACUCGAUUGACUAUAUUUUAGAUGGGAUCGCUAGAUGGACAGAUAGAUGAUAAUUAUCUGGAAACACAGUUGUUAAAUAACCACUGUUCAUAUCAAGAAGAUGAUGAAGAUGGUGAUGGUGCACGGGUUCUCUAUAGGGCAUCCUUUGAAGAGUUGGAAGAAAAUUAUGUAAACUAUCAAACUGUGCAUUGGCUUUUAAUUUCAUUGCUUUUGAUUUUGGCUUGGGGGGUUGGUUUGAUAAUGUUACUGUAUUUGCCACUGAGAAGAUACAUUGUGCGGCAAGACUUUCGAUCACGCAAGUUGUAUGUCACUUCAAAUGCGAUAGUCUAUAAGGUGACAAAGCCAGUAUUUCUUCCAUGCUUUGGUUUUACAAGAAGGGAGAAACAUGUUUUGCUGCCUCUAGUGACAGAUGUGGUGAUUGAACAAGGUUGUCUACAAGCUGCUUUUGGCAUUUUUUCUAUCAGAAUAGAAAAUGCUGGCUUAAGUCGGCCACCUCCUGUUGAUGAUGUUCGCAUUCAGGGGGUUGUAAAUCCUAGGCUGUUUAGGAAGGCGGUUCUUAAGACAGUUUCAAGUUUAAGGAAAGAGCGUAUUGUGGAUAAGGAUGCUCAGUUGAAGAUUUAUAUUAAUAAAGAGGAGGAAUUGCCAACAUUUAGCCCUGAAAUUAAUUGUACUUCACGAACUUUGGGAUGGCAACACAGCAGAAAAGAUCUGACAUCCUGGCAGAUAUCAGAGUCACCUAAUAAUUGCAUCGAAGAGUCAAAUUCAUUCCAUUCGGCCUCUGGGGAGAUGCUACUGCACAAACUGGAAGAAGUUGGUGAUUCAGUCAAGAGGGUAGAAGUUCUGAUUGAGAAUCAACAUUAUCAAGCAUGCAAAAAUGAUACUUGAUGGACAUGUCUGGCACAAAGGAGGACUAAAUCGUUGUGUCAUACAAAUUUAUAUAGUAAUUGACACAUGUCCAAGGGACUCAGAUCUUAGGCAAAUAACUGUCAUAGCAAGAAAUUCUCUUUAGAGAGUGAUUUGACAGUCUAGGAGAUUGGGUUUGUCUUCGUUGUACAUUUUUAGUUCAUUUGUGGUUUACUACCACUAUGCUUGGAAAUAGUGGUUUACAAAAAUUAAAAGGAAGAAAUGAUUGCUUACUCUUGCCGAGGCAAAACGUCCAAUAUAGGAGAAUCCUUUCUUAUUCCUUUGGUAGAAAUAAUAUAGUGAGCAGAUCAGUGUAUAAUCCUUUCUUGGAGUGUCAGAUAUUGUUUUCUAGAAGCCAAUAGUCUGAAUUUAAACCCUGCAUAGGUAGGUGGAAUCAUCGAGUAAUUGGCUUUUUUCUUGAAACCAUGGUUUUGAUAAAACAUUUGUUCAGAUACAGUACUGUUAAUGAAGAAUUAUUUAAAUUUGGAAUAA